AUGCUUCUAGAAGUGGAAGACGAAGCACGUGAUUUUACAACGAUAUAUAAAAAGGAUUUCCCAUCGAAGAAAACUGGUAGACCAAAGGAAUACAGACCACAACCCGAGUACCCUCCGCCUUUGAAUAAUUUAAAUGGCCCUUACAGAAAGUGUUUGAACACACAACGACAAAAUGCUGCUCUUACCUUAAACGAACAAACCGAGGAUCCACAACAAGCUUUAAACAGAAUUCGCAAGAAAUACCGGCAUUUAAAAGAAUUUCUUUCCGAAGUUGUACCGGAUGAGGAUUUAAUCGAAAGAGAGGAGAACAAACUUAAACAAACUGUGUAUCAAAUGGAAUAUUCAAAAGGAGAUUAUUCACCUCGUGCGAAAACAUAUGGAAAAUGGAAAGACAUUCGUUUACCGGAAGACUGGAUCAUAUCGGAAACCACUCAAACCAACUUCUACAGAAACCCAUGGAAAAUUGCAACGGAAGACUUGAUACGGCUAAAGAAAGCAAAGAAACCUCCAGACAAUUUAGUACCCAAUAGAAAAGAAAGAGAAAUUCUUCGUAUAAGGUAAGAAGGCAAGAUUACGACAGUUCUGUUGGCAUAGAUAAAUAUUACUUAUGUUUUCA